ACCGAACAGCCACCCUGCCACUCGCGUUGACGCUUCGGACUUCGACAGUCGGGUUCUUUUUCUUAUAUUAUUGACGCUGUGCGCUCCGACCCGAACGUUUGGUUGCUGUUGAGCCUGCGCCGAGCUGGACCAGACCCACCGCGUCACAGUACUUCUUCCUACUAGCCAAUCUCCAAGACACGCGCGAGCGCAACAGCGACACCGCCAUGGACGAGAACAACAGAAUCACCAUUACUGUGUGCGGCGACGGCGGCUGCGGCAAAUCGUCCAUCACUUUGCGACUGGUCAGGAGUCAAUGGACACAUGAAUAUGACCCAACGAUAGAGGACUCAUAUUCCGUGACCCGCAACAUCGAUGGCCAGAAUUACUUUCUCAUGCUCACGGACACGGCUGGGCAGGAGGAAUACCGGGGGCUCUGGGCAGCCUCUAACCUGAAAUCCGACGCAUUCCUUCUUGUCUACGAUAUAACAAAUCAUCACUCGCUUGAUGCGCUGGACUUUUUCAUGGAGAUGAUCGACAUGGAGGAAGAGCAGCGAAUGGACGAGGGCAAGGUCCCUCCUGUGAAGAUUGUCGCUGGAAAUAAGUGUGAUCUGCAGGCUGCAAGACAGAUCAAGAGCCCGCAAGGCCUGGAAUGGGCGAGGAAACGAAAGUGUGGCUUUAUGGAGACGAGUGCGCGCGAGAUGGUCAACAUCGAGGAAACCUUUGCGCUUCUCGUUCGCCGUGUAGUAGAAUCGCGUCGCAUAGCCGCUGCAGGUGGUCCAGCAGCCAUCCCUAAUCGCACCGCCGCACUCCCUCCUAUGAACGAGAAGGACACCUCAUCCUCGACUGCCCCGCCCGAGAAAGGCGGUGACGGCCUACCUAAAGAGAGCUUCUGGAAGAAGCUAAAGUGCUGGUAAACCCACCCUACAACGCAAGGAGCACUAUGCUCCACACAAGGAUUUGUAAGACCAGUCGCGUACUAUAUGGUUGUGCGAUGCGGAUGUUGAAUAUUUUAUUGAGCAAGUUCUUGGAUGUCUUUUAUCCUGGCGCUAACUGUAUUACAUGGGGUUGGAGAUGCGGGGUCUUCAAGUCGAAUUCUGGAGUUUUGUUUGUAGUACCACUACUAAGAGGUCGACCGCCUAGGCAUUGGAUGGAGAUCAUCACGGUGUAUUAGUAUCCUGGAGCGUCUGUUUUCAUACACGGUCUUCUUGUAUAUCCACCAUUCGGGCAUGUUUCUUUUUUUUUUAAGCUUCGGCUUAGCUUCACAGCGUCUUGUAAUGUAUAUUCAAAAAAUCAC